AUGGAACAUGUUGAAGGAGGAUAUAAUCCUCAAGAAGAAGGAGAGAUUCCGAUUCCCAAUCCCAAACCCAUAGAAAUUGAACGUAUCUUGGUUAUUGAACAAAACCAGGAGCAUGAUAAGCCGGUUCCUGUAUCUGUAUCUUUUCCUGAUACUAAUUCUUUCUUUGUAGUUGAAGUCUUGAAGAAAGGCCUAGAGAAGCAGACAUCGACUCUCUUGGAAAUGAUGAAACUGUUGUUUGAGAAGUUUUCUUCUCCUGGAUCUCCUGUCCUUUCAUCACCUAGUGGGAGACAGAAACCAUAUCCUGAAGUUGUUGAUAUGGAGAAUCCUUACCCCAGAGGGUAUAAAAUUCUUGACUUCACUUUACUUUCUAGUGAGGAUGGACAGUCUACCCUAGAGCAUAUUGCGUCCUUCACCACACAGCGUGGGGACCUGGCAAACCUGGACAACUUCCCUUAUUACAAGCUCAAACUGUUCCCAAAUUCUCUUAUAGGUACUGCCUUUACUCGGUAUUCCACACUUCCCAGGAAUUCUGUUUGUAUUUGGCAAGAAAUGGAGAGGCUAUUUUAUACAAAGUUCUUUAAAGUUGAACCUGAAGUAUGUGUAGCCAAGAGAUUAAAGUGGUGA